AGAAGCGAAAGCUGCCAAACCAAACCAACCCAAGCCUCUUCCUCCCCGGAGCACACGCACGCAAUAUUCGUAUACUCUCGUUCUGCCUUUGUCUCCGUGCUCUGUCUUGAGGUGGCGCGGUGGUCAAAAAAAGAACCAAAAAAAAAAAUGCAGCAGAGCACCGCGGCGGCCUUCUCCACCAUCUCGCCCGCCGCCCCUCUCCCGGGGCACCGCCUUCGUAGGAUCGUGCUCGGGCCAAGCCAUAUCGGCAUCCGCUGUAGAUGGAGGUCCCUCUCCCUCUCAAUCGCCAGUCGCCCUCUUUUCUUCCCGUCCCGUCCCCGCCUCCGGCACGCCGCCCCCCUCUCCGGUCGCGGGGCCACCUUGGUCCGUGCGGCCGCCGACGGCGAGAGCAAGGCCGGGUCGGAGGCCCUGGUGGAUGCGUUGCAGCUAGUGGCUCUUUUCGCCCUCUGGUACAUCUUCAACAUAUACUUUAACAUAUUCGACAAACAGGUUUUGAAAGUGUAUCCAUUCCCAAUAACUAUCACAGCUUUUCAAGUUGCCAUUGGAACAGUUCUUGUCUUUCUGAUGUGGUCUACAAACCUUUACAAAAGACCUAAGCUUUCUUCUUCACAGCUUGUAGCAAUCCUGCCAUUGGCUAUUUUCCACACAUUGGGCAACCUUUUCACUAAUAUGAGCUUGGGAAAAGUUGCUGUUUCAUUCACUCACACAAUCAAAGCUAUGGAGCCUUUUUUUACAGUCAUCCUGUCUGCCUUAUUCCUUGGAGAGCUUCCUAAUAUUUCAGUUUUAACUUCUCUUGUGCCAAUUGUUGGUGGUGUUGUUUUGGCAUCCUUCACUGAAGCAUCCUUUAACUGGGCUGGAUUUUGGAGCGCAAUGGCAUCCAACCUUACCAAUCAAUCUCGUAAUGUAAUCAGCAAGAAAUUCAUGGUUAAGAAAGAGGAAUCUCUGGACAACAUAAAUCUCUUUUCCAUAAUUACAAUUAUGUCAUUUUUCUUGUCAGCCCCUCUAGUUCUAUUUACGGAAGGCAUCAAGUUCACCCCAUCAUAUGUGCAUUCUGCUGGUUUAAAUCUUCAAGAGAUAUAUGUGAGGUCUCUUCUUGCUUCGCUCUGUUUUCAUGCUUAUCAACAGAUUUCAUAUAUGAUUUUGGCUAGGGUGUCCCCUGUCACCCAUUCAGUUGGCAAUUGCGUCAAGCGUGUGGUGGUCAUUGUGGCGUCAGUUCUCUUUUUCAGUAUCCCAGUUUCACCUAUUAAUUGUCUUGGAACUGGUAUGGCCCUAGCUGGUGUUUUCCUGUAUUCAAGGGUGAAGAGUACCGGGACAAAGCCUGCAUGAGAAUUCUAGAUACGGCAACUCUGACAUGUAGUUGUGUUGCUCCCCUUUUCUUUUGUUGUAGAUGUGGGUGUUCUCAAGAGUGGACCUUUUUAUUGGAAGCAUGGAACUGGGGUCAUGGUUAUUCAGCAUAAUCUGUAAUGUUUUUUUCUUUUUUUUUCCCCCACCUCCCCUUGUCAAUUUUUAGCAGUAUCUGUCUGCUAGAUUUCAAAUGACAGAUUGUGUUCGGUUGGUCUUUCCCCUCGUAUGAGAAGACUGAAGAUGAUGCAUGAACUCUAGACGGUGCUGUGCAUGGCAUGAUGGGCGCAGGGGAAGUUCAGUUACUUGGACCCUGAUAGUGGACAAAGAAUUUUUCAUGGUUGAACCAUGUAUGUUUGUCACAUUCUUCUUUAAAAUGAUAUAUGCACAUUCGGAGUGGAUCCGUUUGGUUCAAGAA